AUGUCUGCUGCGAAGUUUGAGUGUGCUUCCUACAAGCAUUUCGAACCCGACUUCCACCCCCAGAGGCCAAUUAUCAUCGGCGAGGAAGGCCUCGACUCACCCGAGACGGUGACCCUCAAGUACGAAGAGGCGGUUGCGAGGGCAAACGGAGACCUUCGGGGUGAUUCCCCGCCAGGUGGUCUCCUCCCCAUGUCGCACUACGGGAAGCACCAGCCAGGCCCAAUCCACGGGUACGACUCAGCUCGCGGAUAUGAGGAGGCGGCCUACCAGCAGUAUGGCGCGCAAAACUAUCCCGCCCAGCAUGGCGGCGCGGCUCAACUCACAGCGGCUCAGAUGAACCAAGGAGCAUUCGCAGCCAACAAUGCGGUUGCACCAUACAUGGGAGUCGGCAGUGUUGACUUGUCCGUGGCCUCAUUUCAGCCUUCCACUGGUGGCGCCGGCACGAAAGUGCUGGUGAAGGUCUCUUCGGCGUAUGAUCUGCUUGCGAUGGCACCUUACUACUUUCUCGUUUUCGGAACGAAGAAGGUCCCAGCAGAUCCCAUUCAGGACCCUCAAGACAACGGCAGCUUGUUGACUGUCUCGGCGGAUGCGCCGCCUUUUGUGAUCACCGGCUGCCCCAACGAGAACGUGCCAGUCUCGCUGGUGAUUGAGACGGAAAACCAUGAGCACUUCCAGAGUGCGCCGGUGGGCCAGUUUGUAUAUCACGAAGCACCCCUUGGAGGACCAGGUGCUAGCUCGGAAGUCAUCACGAGGAAGGUCUCCAAGUCACCUGAGCAACAACAUCAGUCACCCAGGUCAGCAAGCACACAGCUAGGCAACGAGUCCGCUACAAAUACCUACGACUUCGCGACAGCUCCGCAGCAGCCCACACAGUCUCCCUAUGGAAGCAACUUUCCGCAAGACAGCAACAACACCAACAUGCUCAGCGCAUACCGUACCAACUCCUUCACGGAUCAGCAUUAUCCGCGCGCCGUGCCGCCGCCAUUGCGACCACCGAUGGCCGGCUGGCAGGCGUACGGCCGAACACCGGGUCCACCCAUUACGCACACACAGAUUUCGCGCCCUAGCUUGACUCCCCUUCCCAUGCCUUCCGCCACGACCCCCCAACUUGUGCGAACCAGCUCUAUUCCCAGCUCCCCCGGUGGAGGACAGGGAUCAGGAUAUAGCCACUGGGGCUCGUACUCCAACAAGGCUGUGUUGAAAAUCAUGGGAAAGCUCGACAGCAUGGCCGUGGAUUGGUCUCCAGAGGAAUGGUCCAACCGGAGACGUAUCGUUAUGUUCAGCAAGAAGCAGUCGGGCUCGACACUAACGGCGAGCUUCAGGGCCGUCAAUGUCAAUGAACGGCCGCCCAACAGCAUUUGCAUCAGCUGCAUUUGGUGGGCCGAGAAGAACGAGUGCUACGUCACAUCCGUCGACACCAUCUAUCUGCUUGAGCAGCUGGUCGUAGCUCCAGCAAGAUUCACUGUUGAGGAGAAGAACCGCAUUCGUCGCAACUUGGAAGGUUUCCGCCCCUUGACGGUCAGCAAGGCCAAGGCGGACUCGGAGGAGUUCUUCAAGAUCAUCAUGGCUUUCCCGAACCCGAAGCCGAGAAACAUCGAGAAGGAUGUGAAGGUGUUCCCUUGGAAGAUUCUGGAGUCGGCUCUCAAGAAGAUCAUUGGCAAAUACAGCGCCAGUCCGUCGUCGACGCUUCCCGCAUCUCACCUGUUGACACCUACUCCCGUCAGUGCUUAUCCGCCGCUGCCGACCCCGCCAGCUCCAACAGUUGCAUCGGACCAUAUCAGCGCUUAUGGUGUUCCAUCGCAGGUGCACCAUGAGGCUUUGACAUCGCCGCGUUCGAUUACAGGCAGCACCCACAGUUGGCCGACUUACUCAACAGGACCGCCGCGGACACUGUCGCCUGCGCUUACAGCUGUCUCCCCGCGUCAGUCCGGUCUACGUCUGGCGGCACCUCUCCCAGCUGUCACCGGCUAUGAUAGCCGAUCGAUGACUGCUGGCUCAUACGGCAGCGGUCUGCAUACCCCGAUUGGAAACCAGCACACGCCUCCACCAGCUCCCGGCCGAUGGGACACUGCGAUACCUGCCAUGCACGCCCCCACGACGUACGCGGAACAGUACCAAUCCAUGACUUCGCACCAUGCCCCAAGCCAUCAAGUCUAUGGUGGUGUCGGGUACGGGGACGGGGCGCAACGGGCAUGA